CAUGGAGCUUAUCACAACAUAACUAUUAACAUGAAGGCAACAACAACAAAUAGAGCAUGGAAGCAACUCUGCUUGCUCUUUGCUUUUCUCUCUUAUGGGGCUUAUGGACAGAAUACGUCCUCCUGUUUCUCUGAAUUAUCUUUUAAGGAGCUCAAUCAAAAACUUCAGGAAAUAAAAAAAUGUUUGGAAGUUGUAUCUUGCCAGUGGACACCUUAUCAAAAUGCUGAAAUCUUUAACCGACUAAGCACGCUGAGUGAUAUCAUCCAGAAACAACAGAGUGCUGAGUUACUGAGUUUACUGCCGGAAAAUUGUUCUGCUCCAGCAGUGCCCAAGGAUGGAGGACUGCUGUGUGUAUCUACUAAAAAUAAGAUCUACUGUAAACCUGUGUGCAAUGCGGGUUAUGAUUUCAAUUUUAUAAGAAGAUCAAGGCUGUACGAGGAAUGCAGUUUUGCCACACAACACAAAUGGACAACACAAUUCAUAGGUGGCAACAGGCUGGUUGAUUGCAGCGAAUCCCACAUUUCAGUGGCAGGAGCCCCCUCUGCCUACUUCCAUGAGGGCAAGGACUGUCACAAGACAAAGAGUAAUGAACCACUAGUGGCGAACAUCACAAACAUCUUUAAAUCAGAGCUGGUUAAGGCAGGCAUCACACAAUUCAUUAAAUCUUCCGGUCUUCUUUGUGGCUAGACCAAGAAUCAGACUCAACAAUUAGAAGCAAAAAGUGUUAAUCAUUUUGUUUUAUGUAAUAAGUACAUUUGGAUUUAAAAAGUAAGGCCUGUGUUAAGUGUAAAAUCUCAGCAAAAGGUAAAACUGUGGAAAACAACACUCAAUGAGGAAAUUAAUGCUUAAUGAUGUGAACACAAAUACUCCAACAGCAUGCAUAAUCAAAUUAUCAGUCAAGGAAUGUAUUCAACUCACUAAAUCAGCUUUAAUACAAAAAAGGCAACCCCAGUAAUUUAAUAACACACAAGGCAACUGUUAAACAUCAAACUAAUGUAUCUUAAUAAAGACAAGUCUCAGUAAAGUAGUCCACCCCCCCUUAGAAAAGUCUUAAAGGGGUCAUGACAUGGGUUUUUUUAUUGUAUUAUUAUGUUCCCUUAGGUGCAAUUAUAGUAUUAAUAUAUUUUUUUUUAAGAAAAACUUUUAAAAUCUAGUGAUUUAUGACCUUUUCCCACUCUGUUUCUCAUCCUCUGAUUCAAACAGUCUGUUUUGGGGGCGUUUUCCAUUUAAGACUUCAGUGUUAACGCCCACUGUUAUGAUUGGCUAACGUCAGUGCCUAUGUAUCAAUUA